AUGUCACAAGAAGCCGCCCUUCAAGGUCUUUCCUCUUCUUCUGCCCCUGCCCGCCAGACCUGGUCCCAAAAAGAAAAGCUGGAAAUACAGACCUACUGUAAUCUACACCCGGGUAAAACAUGGAAACAGGUACAGCAAUGGUUUGCAGAUAACCAUACGGGAAAGGCACCAGAUCAGUCACAAAUUAGUCGUUGGAAGAAAAGAGAUCCACCCACCUCUGAUGAGAAGUUUAGGCCAGAACAGAAGCGUAUAAAAGAGGGCAAAUUCCCCGGACUUGAAGCUGCUUUAUUUGAAUGGCAUCAAAGGAUGCAGACUCGGACCAAUAUAACAGGCAUGAUCCUACAGCACAAGGCCCAUUUUUUUUGGGUCAAUCUGCCAAUGUAUAAGAACCUCCCAGAGUCUGAAGAGCCGAAAUGGUCAACAGGAUGGCUAUCACGGUUCAAGCAGCGCUACGGUAUUCGCCAGUUCAUUCAGCAUGGGGAGGCUGCAUCGGCUCCAGACGAUGAAGAGGUGGAGGAAUCUAUGCGGGCGAUACAGGACAUCCUUAUGUAUAAGGAGCAAUACGAGAUUUACAACAUGGAUAAGACGGCAUUAUUUUGGCGAAUGACACCUGAUUCAUCUCUUACAACCGAACAGCCCUCUGGUUUCAAAAAAGACAAAAAUAGGAUGACGGCUGCUUUAUGUUCAAAUGCGGAUGCCAGCGAUAAAUGUCCCCCAUGGUUCAUAGGAAAGUCUCAAAAUCCUCGUGCAUUCAGUAAUAUUAACAGAAAUACAUUGGGCUGUCAUCACCGUGCAAAUAAGACAGCCUGGAUGACGACUGUUAUAAUGAAAGAAUGGUUGCUGUGGUUCAACAACAGAAUGAGUGCAAGGAGGCGGAAUUCUAUUCUUCUACUUGACAACUUCUCGGCUCAUAAUUGUGCUGUAGAAGAGCUAGAGAAGGAGGGGCACUUAACUCAUGUUAAAGUGCUAUUCUUUUUACCCGGAAUCACCUCUAAACAUCAACCUACGGAUCAAGGUAUUAUACGAGCUUGGAAGGUCUACUACCGGCGUCAUAUGCUUCUUUACCUCACCGAGUGUCUAGACAAAGAUGCUGCUUUAACUGAACCCCAUAAAUAUAUCAAUUUGCUACAUGCAAUUUCUUGGUCCACAGAGGCAUGGAGGGAAGGAGUCAAGGAAACCACAAUUCAGAAUUGCUUCCUAAAGGCGAAGGUUAAGGUAUAUGGACCAGGAAUACCUGAUAACCUACACCUUCGCUACCCAGACAGAGAGGUGAGGAUGGAGAUGAAUAGGUUAGAGGAUGAGUUAGAGGCAGUUUCAGGCGCAUUAAACAUUCAUAAUCCAUUAUUGAUUGAGCAAUUACUGGAUCAUGCAGACGAGAUAGAUAGCAUUAUACAACAAUAUCACCAGGCUGAAGAGCAGGUUGAGGAGGAACUGGAAGAUAUACCUGUUGAAGUUAUAUCUCAUAAAGAGGCAAUUGCGGCACUAGAGCGUCUUCAUCUAUAUGAGAUGCAGCAAGAGGAUGAGGUGGCGGGGGCAGAGUGGGUUAGAAGGGAGAAGAAGUCAGUUAUCCAAAGGGAAUUGCUAGAGAAUGGAAGGAAAAAAGAGAGAAACAUUGUAGGAUAUUUUAGAAAAAUUUAA